CGAACUUACAUGCAGGCAGAGCUUUCAAGUGCGUUGCCGUAUUUGGUAGUAACAACAGUGUCUGCGAGCACAUCUCGUCCAUAGGGAUACCUCGGAGAGGUAGUGAGCUUAGAGUUCCUUAAAGCACGUUUUUCCCUGGAAUACUUAUUUAAAGUGUCGCGGAAAGCUUUAUAUGUUGAUCUCAUCGAUGCAUCAUUUCCUAUACCCCUGUACCAAAGUAUGUUCAGUAAUGGCCCGGGACAAGACAUCCUGAAACGUGUGUGUAAGCUACAUGUCUCACCGACAGCGAAGUCAUUCUUUUAUAAGCUCCACACUUCAACGUUGCCGGUAAAGCCUUGGCUUCGCGAAAAAGGUAUAUUUGUUCCUUGGUCAGUGAACUGCCGUUUGUGCAACCAGCCUGAAAUAGAACAUUGCUUUAUUUUUUGCACCGACGCCUAUUUUUUUUGGCAUGUCCUACAAAGGACAUUGAAGAAA